CACCUCCUUCAACUCUCACGCUCUGUGGUUCAGGGGGCUGCAUGCUCACUGUCCCGAAACAAGAUGAACCAGUCGCUCUCUCUCUUGUCCCUCAGCCACAUGCAACCGCAUCAUCAUCAUCAUCAUCAUCUGCAGCAGCAGUAGUAACAGUAAAAGAAGAGGAAGAGGAGGAGGAGGAUGAAGACGAUGUGAAAAAAGGCAGCAACUCCAUCGAGCAAAAGUUCUCCUUUGACUCCACGCUGAAGACAACUUAAGAAUACGUCGACUUCUUGCGGUCGGCAGGAUCGUGACGGUGUGGAGCAGCCGCGGUCCUCGCCCCCUCCCUAUUUUCCCCCCCUCCCGUUUGUCCACAUUUUGCCUCCCAAGUCAGCGGGAUUUCCUCAACCUCUCCCGACUGUGUUAUGAACCUCGGAGACGCACUUGACCCCCGCCCCAGAAGACUUCUUGGGCAAGAACAAAAAGGGAUUAACGCGAAACUCUCUCACUCUGCCUUGCAAAUGUCAAAUUCCGAGUGUUUCUUAAUGGCGGGGUCCAACUAAGCCCAUAACUAUGGAAGAGGAGCAUGCCCAGAAUGCCACAGGAAACAGCAGUACAAUGGGCAUCCAACUGGUCACGCACAGUCUCUGGGAGGUGGUCACCAUAGCGACCGUGUCGGCCAUUGUCAGCCUCAUCACCAUAGUGGGGAACAUCCUGGUGAUGCUCUCCUUUAAAGUCAACAGCCAACUAAAGACGGUGAACAAUUACUACCUGCUGAGUCUGGCGGCGGCGGACCUCAUCAUCGGCGUCUUCUCGAUGAACCUGUACACCUCCUACAUCCUGAUGGGUUACUGGGCCCUGGGAAACCUGUCCUGUGACCUGUGGUUGGCCGUGGACUAUGUAGCCAGUAACGCCUCGGUCAUGAACCUGCUGGCGAUCAGUUUCGACCGAUACUUCUCGAUCACCAGGCCUCUCACCUACAGAGCCAAACGGACUCCCAAGCGGGCAGGCAUCAUGAUCGGUUUGGCCUGGCUGGUGUCUCUCGUUUUGUGGGCACCGCCGAUCCUGUGCUGGCAAUACUUUGUGGGCAAAAGAACCGUCCCGGAAAGACAAUGCCAGAUACAGUUUUUCUCAGAACCCAUUAUAACGUUUGGAACAGCGAUUGCGGCGUUUUAUAUCCCCGUGUCAGUCAUGACCAUGCUCUACUGCCGGAUCUACAAAGAGACAGAAAAAAGGACCAAGGAUUUAGCGGAGCUUCAGGGAAUGAACCAAGCCGCACAACCCGACGUCACCCAGCCUCGGAUUAUCCGGUCGUGUUUUAGCUGUAAACUAAAAUCGCCGUCACAUGACCGCGCUACAGCCUCAUCGUCAUCCUCAUGCAGGAGCCACGUUGCCAAAUCCAUCGCCUCCACCAACGUGGAGUGUUCCAAAACGGGUCACCCGACCACCUACAACAGCUAUGCGUCCUCAGAAGACGAAGACAGGUCCGUGUCCCCCGGGGCCUUGCAGCCCCACUUCGGGAAGCAAGUUUGCGAGGGCAGCAAGAGCGCGGCGGGGAGCAAGAGCGAACAGCUCAGCAGUUACGACGAAGACAGCUUCUUCCAAACGCCACCCAAAAGCAACUCCCAGAGGAGUAGCAAGCGCGUGUCGUACAAGUUCAAGCCGGCGGCCAGAGACACCCUGGCUCCGCACCAGAGCGAAAACGGCGACACCAAAACCGCCUUCUCCUCGGCAGAGUCAGUGAGCCCUCCCGCCGCCUCUUCUCCGUCCAAGGAUGUCACGCUGAAGAACCAGAUAACAAAGAGGAAGCGGAUGGUGCUGAUCAAAGAGAGGAAGGCGGCUCAGACCCUCAGCGCCAUCCUCCUGGCCUUCAUCUUAACGUGGACGCCGUAUAACAUCAUGGUGCUCAUUUCCACCUUCUGCUCGGACUGCAUCCCCGUCUCCCUGUGGCACCUCGGCUACUGGCUGUGCUACGUCAACAGCACCGUCAACCCCAUGUGCUACGCCCUCUGCAACAAGACUUUUCAAAAGACCUUCCGCAUGCUUCUAUUAUGCCAAUGGAAGAAGAAGCGCAUUGAGGAAAAACUCUACUGGUAUGGACAAAACCCAACGGCGGCCUCCAAACUUACUUGAACUCUUUUUCGGCGGUUCAAAAAGCUAUUCAAGUUGAUCUUCUAUGGCAGUUGGUCGCCCCCAAUUAUACCAGACUGGGGCGGGACAAUCUCAAACGCGUAAAGUUUACCCGUAUAGGUCAGAAGGAAAAAUGUAUGCGGUUCAUAAAGUAAAACUGCAUCCAAACGUGUUUUUGGUUCCACUGGUUGUUUUCAAGCGAGCUUAUAAUAGGCCAAAGAACGAAAUAACCAAAACUGUCCAACUCUGGCUGAGAUAAUGGCAGAAAAAGUAGCCGGAUAUAACUCAGUGUCCAAUGGCAACGGUGGACACACACACACACACACA